AUGAAAUAUUUAUUAUUUUUUAUAUUAUUUAUUAUCAAUUAUAUGGAAUGUACUUCCCUUCCAAGUACAUAUAAUGUUAUUGGUCCUUUUUCUAUUGGGGAACAUGAAGAAGUGUACGAUACCUUAGAAUCCUAUGGAGGAAUUUUUAAUAUACCAAUUGGAGAUAACACAACAUACCCAUCAGAAUUAGGAAAAAACUCAGUUGUUGGAUGGUCCGUUUAUAAUUCUACAACACCAGGUUCUCUUCAAAUUGAUUGGUCAUCAACAAUAAAUUGGGGUUUCAUGGACAUGCCUUUCGAUUGGGCCAUAUAUUUAUGGUACUCUUAUGCAAUUGGUGAUUUUACUGCUACAGAAUCAUCAAACUAUAUUGUAAACUGUACCAAUCUUCGUACCUUUUAUAUUCAAUCAAAAUCAAAUCCUUCAGAAAUACAAGAAUUUAGUGGUGAUUUCUUUGCAUAUGGUAAUGGUCAACAAACAAUUUAUUUACAACAAGGACAAGACUAUAGAGUUUACUUUAGAAUGUUAAGUAGUACAAGAGUAUAUGGAUCUGCAUUCUCUCAAUUCCAUUGCAAUUUAGUACCAGUUCAAGACGAUAUUACUUUUAUUACAACUGAGUCCCUAAUUUCAGAUGUUGUAAGUGGAAUUUUAGCAAGUUCUUAUGGUUCGAUCACAUUAAUUAAUUCCGGUUUAGCUGAUAUCAAAUCAUUCAAUAUUAGUUUAUCAGACAACAGUAAUGGUCAUCGGUUAUUUAAUCUUAAUCCAUUAAUUCAAAACUCAACCAAAGUUUUAGCAGGUCAAAGAUUUUCAAUUCCAUUUGAAAUCUAUUUAAAAUAUAAUAAUAAAGUUUUAGAAUGUCCAUUCAAUUUAGAUAUUCAAGUAUCAAUUUUAAAUGACCUUGGCCAAGAAAAACAGUUCUAUACUCAAAUCCCAUUUAACUGCACAGAUUUUAAUAAUCCAUAUUUAUUUACAUUCUUAGAUUUUGAUCAAACUGUUCAAUAUGCAAUGUUAAUGUCACCACUUAAUGAAUGUGGUUUAGAAUCAAACUCUUGCAUGAUUCAAGUAGCAACUCAUGGUUUUUUGGGUGUUACAAGAGAUCCAAGCUGGUUUACCAACUUUAAUCGUCAAAAUAAUCUUUGGGUUGUAAUGCCUACUGGUCGUACUAAUUGUGGUUAUGAUUGGGCAAGUUCAAGCAGAAUAAAUGUAUUUUACUCUAUUCAAGCUGUAGCAACAUUGUUACCAGGUGUACCAAGCCAAAGCAAAUCAUUAUACAAAACUGAUCCAUCAAAAAUAUUAUUUAUUGGUCAUUCAAUGGGAGGUAUGGGAUGUUGGAAUUUAUUAGUACGUCAAGGUGAUUUAGCUAUAGGUGGAGCAUGUGCUUCAGGUUUCCCAAAACUAUCAAUGUAUAUUUCAUAUGAACUUUCCCAAGGCUUUAGCUAUAUAGAUCAUGCAUUAAAAUCAUUACUAAUGAUUAGCAUUGAAGAGAAUAAUGUUGAUAUUAUCAGUUCAAAUCUUGUUGGUUUACCAUUAAUGGCAAGAUAUGGUGAAAAUGAUACAGUAGUUAACCCAUACCAUUCACGUCGUAUUGUUAAGAUGGUAUCAGAGCAAAGUCAUGACGAAAAUGCUGUUAUUGUUAGCGAAGUUCCAAAUGAAAAUCAUUGGUUUGAUGGUAUGCUUUCAGAUAGUUACAUGCAAACAUAUUAUAAUAACCUAAUGGGAAAUUAUAGUACUUAUCUCCCACCAAUUCCAAAAUCAAUUACAAUUAGCACCUUAAAUCCAUCAGGAACAGGUUCAAGAGCAAAUAUUUUAAUCCUUCAAUUAUGGACUCCAUUCAAAUUAGCAAAAAUCAAAUUAACUCAAGUAUAUAAUUCAAACAAUCAAUUAAUUUGGUAUUUAGAAACUCAAAACGUCAGAAGAUUCUCUAUUACUCCAGAGCCAGUAAGACAAGAGUUUCCAGAGAUAUUAGUAAUUGAUGGUAAACAAGAAUUUGUUAAUCAAUACUUUUACCCAAAUGCCCAUUUCGAAAACAAACCAUUUUAUGCAAGAUCAAAUCAAAAGAGAUGGGUUGUAAAUGAAGAUAACCUCUGGAUCACAUAUGAAAAGAAUCCAGCCACAUAUGGCCCAAUUAGACAAAUAUUUGAAAAGAAUUUCAAAAUUGUAUAUGGAACUGUUUCAAACAAUACUCAAACCAUUGCUCAACAAAAGCAAGCCGGUAUAUACAUCAACAACUUUUGGAACAACUAUGGUCGAGGUUCUGUUUCAAUCCUUUCAGAUGUAGAGUACCUCGAACAAUUAUCAAUUCAAGACACCUCAUGCAGCGAAAACUUGAUUUUAAUUGGUAAUUCAAAUGAAAAUAUUAUAACAGAUAAAAAUCUUUUUAGAUCAGAUGUAAUUUUCAAUUUAGAUAAUUCAUUUACCAUUGGUGGCCCAGAUUCAUAUCUAUUUAGUGGAGCAGGUGUUGGUAUUGCAUUUUUAAUGCCAAACAAGUGUGGUGAAAAUUUAAUUUUAGUAGUUGCAGGAACAGACUCUUUAGGUCUAGAUAACAGUUUACAUGCCAUUCCACAGAGAAGUGGUGUUAUAACUGCCCCAGAUUUUGUAGUAACAGGUCCAGAUUUCCGUGGAAAGGGUUAUGGUGGUAUAUUAUCUGCUGGUUAUUGGGAUAAUUUCUAUCGUUUAUCAGACUCAAACUUUUAUUUAGCCGAAAUUACAAAUUAA